AUGAAGGGAUUCAUGAAUCCAAUAUUCCAACCUGUUGAUAAUGACAUGCUAGUUGAAGAAAGAAGAACUUUUCAAAUACCUAUAUCAGAUUUUAAAUAGAACAAAGAAUUACCAAAAGAAUAUGAGAGAAUUUUUUCAUCCAUCACAGACUCUUCCUAACAACUUAAUGAUAGCAUAUUAUUGCCAUUCGAUAAUACAAAAUAUGAAUAAAACCUUUAACUUUAGAAUAACAAUUGUCAUUAGAUUAAUCAUCAUACUUUAUCAUAAAAUUAGCGACCAAUCGUUAAAUUUGAUAAGAAUCGCUUAUAAUAAAUUCUGUAAACUCUUGCAAAACAGCAUCAAAUUUAAUCCAAACCUAAAAAUGAGUAAAUAUUAAAUCAAAAUAAUUAAUCAAAGAAUACUAAGAAUUCCAAUUAGACUAAUCAAAUUUCAAUCAACAAAAUGAGAAAUAUUAUCAAAAACGAUUUAACUCCAAAAAAUCAACCUAUUAUCAAAUAAAAUGAAAAUGAUGCCAAAUCUCAAAAGCAAAGAUCUUCUACAAAUUAUACUCCAAGAGUAGAGACAUCUCUCAUAACUGCAUGUCAUCAUAGUUUCAAAAAUUUAGAUGCAAAUCUUAACUAGAAAUAAGAUAAUCCAAAUAUUUUUUAACUUUUACAAAAAAGAACAAAAUCCUAAUAUCAUCCUAAACAAAUGAUAAAAUACUAAAUUGAUGAAAUAAAUGGAAAAAUCUUACAACUGAAAAAUCUCAUCUUUAAAUCAAUUAAAUAUGAUCAUUAGUAAGAAUCUAUACAAAUGUCAAUAUAAAAAAUUAUAUAAUAAAAUGAAGAUAGUAAUCUCUUACAAAAAGAGAUUGUUAAUCUUAAAAGUUUUACAAAUACAAAAUCAUUUAAGGAAUCAAAACACAAUAUUUUUUUUAAUGUUUAAAAAUUAAUAUCAUUGGCUAAAGAGAAGUAAAAAAAGUUAUAAAUAAUAAUGAUUUUCAAUAAAGAUGGAUCUUCAAAUGAUAGCAUAUAAAGUCCAAAAACAAAUUGUAUAUUGUCAAGAUAAACAACUUCAGACAAUAUAACAGAAGAGGUUUAAGAUGAUAAAAAAAAAUUUUAUUAAUUAGUUGUAAAUAGAAAAUUAGAAUUACCGUUUAAUCAUCCAAAUAAAGAUAUAUUAUUAAGCGAAUUAUAUGAAAAAUCAUUGAAAUUGGGCAUUAAGAAAUGUGAAUGGUAACAAUUUAUUGUUAAUGAAGUGAAAUUUUGA